AUGAAUGGACAGUGGAUUAUGUUUGCACAUUUCUACAAGUUUCAAACUGAUGAGGCAGAGGGCUAUGAUAUCUCUGGUCAAGGCUUACAUGGCAUCCCUGAUGAGCUUCCCAGCUCCACCAAGACUCUGGAUUUCAGCUUUAACUACCUGCCAGCCAUUAACAACACCACUUUUGUUAGGCUGAAGGAGCUUGUCUCAAUUAAUCUAACCAGGAUGUCAGCCUUCGACGUCAGCUUCGAAGGCAACAUCAUUGUGUACAUUAAACCAAAGGCCUGUCACUUCAACAGCCUAGAUUUCAGUGACUGUCUAAGCAAAGGAGACAUUUCAAUAAUCUUAGCUGGAUUGAGAAGUUCAGACCAACAUUCUCUUCUGGGGGUCUAUGAGGACAGCCCACCUGCCACCAUGCAGGCUGAGUCCCUUUACGCUUUCUGUAACACCACUAAGCUGGACCUCACCAGGUCUCAUCUCCACUCCCUGCCGGCCUCCAUCGCCAAGAUGGCAUCUCUUACCCACCUCAUCCAGAACCAGAAGAGCUUUAACGACCUGUGUCAGACCAACACCACCUCGCUUCCCCAGCUGACUGUUCUGUCUUGGGGGAACCAGCCAUUCAACAAGAUGUCAGGGUUGACAGAAUUGGACUGCAGUCAUUUGAAAGUCACCUGCAUUAACCACACUGCAGCAGGUGGUCCUCUCCGAAGGCUAAAUAUCUCAUGGAAGUUUGGUGACUUCAGUGUCCAGUGGAAUCUUCUGGAAGUUCUGAUAAGCCUGGAGAGUCUCAAUUUGAGGGGUGGUUCCUUUAAGGACAGGAUUGUUUCUAAUGGUGAGAUGUUUAUACAUGUUCCUCUUCUAUAGAGGCUGGUUUUGGCAGUGUGUGACAUCGUAUCUGUUAAGAAUGCAUUUCACUACCUCACCAGCCUGGCGUAUGCAGAGCUUAGUGGUAAUAAACUAGUUGUAGCCAGUAUGAAUGCAUUCUCCACACUGAAUAAUGUCCUGCUAAAUUUAGCCAUGAAUCAGAUAGAAAUGGUUGACUUAGACUCUGUCAAAGCUUUAACAGAAAAGAGCAAAAUUGACCUGAGUGACAACCCUUUGGCAUGCAACUGUUCCAAUAUUCAAUGA